UUCAACCGCUGGACUCCCCUCCCAUUUACCUUUCUCUCUCUGUAUCCAACAACAAAGACAACAGUCAAAGCUCUUAAUCAAAAUUCAAACAGGAAUACAUAUUAUAAGAGAGAUGGAUCAGGAUGUGGGUUGAUGAAGAAACAAUUCUUUAUAACUAGCCAAUCCUGUAUUGGAUCCAAUCAUCACUGGUCAUCAACAUCAUAUCAUUCUUACCUACCUCUCCAGCUCAUUGAGGCCGUGGCCCCGAAUGCCAACCCUUAAACGGUGCCCUAUUCAUCUCAAGCUGCUUCAAAUCCAAUUUCUGGGCCUACUUCUUACCGUCAUCAACCCACUGUUUCACUAGUUUCCAAUUUAUUUCCUUCAAGUGAAACUACGUCGUUCUACUAUAAGAAUAAGUGUUACGUAGCAAUAGGAAGUCGGCUGUGACUGAAACAGACAUGGCCACUGGAGGUUUCGUUCUUUAUUUGCUUUCAGGUUUCUCGGUGGCUGUUCUCUCUGCGUUCUUUCUCAUCAACAAGUAUGAUACAAACCCACAUGAGUAUCUUGGUUCCUCUUCAGACUCUUUCUCCAGAUAUGCUUCAAGCUCUGAGAAAGUUUGGCCUGAUUUGGAGUUUAAUUGGAGAUUAGUGUUGGCAACUGUAAUAGGAUUUCUUGGAUCGGCCUGUGGGACAGUUGGUGGCGUCGGUGGUGGAGGCAUUUUUGUUCCAAUGCUCACUUUGAUCGUUGGAUUUGAUACCAAAUCUGCGGCGGCUCUUUCUAAAUGCAUGAUAAUGGGGGCAUCAGCUUCAUCAGUGUGGUACAAUCUGAAAGUGAGUCAUCCAACAAAAGAUGUACCAAUUUUAGACUAUGAUUUGGCUCUGUUGUUCCAGCCUAUGCUAUUACUCGGCAUAACAGUCGGUGUUGCUCUUAGUGUUGUCUUUCCUUACUGGCUCAUUACUGUCCUCAUCAUUAUACUUUUUAUUGGAACCUCAUCAAGGUCCUUCUACAAAGCGAUUCAAAUGUGGAAGGAAGAGACAAUACUCAAGAAGGAAAUGGCAAAACAAAAAGAAACUCUGGUUAAUUCUCAUGGCGAACUCUUGAUUGAUUCGGAGUAUGAUCCGUUGGUUCCCAGAGAAGAGAAAUCAGAAUUGGAAAUAUUGCGUUUCAAUCUUAGAUUGAAAUGGGUUGCUAUGCUAUUUGCUGUCUGGGCUUUGUUCCUAGUCAUUCAGAUCAUUAAGAAUGAUUUACCUGUUUGUGGCACAUGGUAUUGGGUUUUGUUCUUCUUACAGUUUCCCAUAGCUCUAGGAUUGUUUGGAUAUGAGGCAGUCAAACUGUACAGAGAGCACAAAAAGAGAAUGAGCACAGGAAACACAGAAUCCAUUUGUGAGGCUUCAAUUGAGUGGACUGCAAUGCACAUUGCAUUCUGUGCACUUUGUGGCAUCUUGGGUGGCACAGUCGGCGGCCUGCUAGGUUCCGGUGGUGGAUUCAUUCUCGGCCCCCUUCUCCUCGAGAUUGGUGUCAUCCCUCAGGUUGCAAGUGCAACAGCUACAUUUGUGAUGAUGUUUUCAUCAUCCUUAUCAGUGGUUGAAUUCUAUUUACUCAAGAGAUUUCCAAUUCCCUAUGCAUUAUACCUUAUGUCAGUGUCAAUUCUAGCUGGCUUCUGGGGUCAGUAUUUUGUUAGAAAACUUGUUACCAUUCUGAAACGAGCUUCAAUUAUCAUCUUCAUCCUCUCCGGUGUGAUCUUUGCUAGCGCUAUUACAAUGGGUGUUGUAGGCAUAGAGAAAAGCAUUAGAAUGAUCCACAAUCAUGAGUUUAUGGGAUUUUUAGGCUUUUGCAGCAGCCAAUAAAGAAUCUGUAGAAUGUGAAAUUAUGGGUCAAUGUUAGGCAGUAGAAACAUCUGGGAUUUUGGUCAAUGCCUUGUUGACAAAACCCAUAAACAUUGUCUGGUGAAAAUUAAAAUAAAGAAUGUAAGUGUCUAUUUCUAGACUUGUAUUGAGUGUCAGUUGCUUGCUGACACCUCCAGCUUGCUGUUCUUCAGUAGUAGAAUGCCAAUAAAAUUCUCAUUCAAACUAAA